UGUUCAGUGGGAGGCGACUAAAUGAAGCUGUAAAUCAUGCUCCUCCAGAUAUGCGUUGCAGAAGCCGGUUAAAAAGAGGUCCCAGUAGUCUCUGGUACAAGCGAAGGAUCCAGUCUCAGGGUGAACUACUUCUCUGCUGUCUGAAUUUUCCAAAUGGUUGGUGGCCCAAUAUGUGUAAGGUUUCUUGAAGUCAUACAUUUUCAAGAAACAGAAGGCUAAAGACAACAACCAACAAGUACAACCAUAGGCAAAUACUAUUUCUUACCCUGUGUUCUGGCACUUGUUCAAAGAGUUGGUGAGGAAAUAUGGUGUGGUAUGUACAUUUGAUAUUCCUAUCUACCUUCCUCUUGGUUUCCGUGACAUCAGAAUCAUAUGAUGCAAUGGAAGGUGAGGCUUUAGUUGUAAAAUGUCCCCGAAGAAAUUCAGCUGUGAAAGUCACCUGGUAUCACACAGACACUAAGAAAAUAAUUCCUGAAGAAGAAGAGGGAUCACGAAUAUUUUCAUUAGGAAGAUUUCUUUGGUUUCUGCCAAAUUCUGUAGAAGAUUCUGGAAACUAUACUUGUGUUACACAUUACCCGAAUAAUAGCACAAAAGAGUUCAACAUGAGUGUGAAGGUGCAUCCAUACAAGGAAGGAAUAUGUUUCCCAAGCCGGAUACUUUAUCCAAACAACACUAGAAGAGGAGAAAUUGUUUGUCCUACAUUUGACAAUUAUAAGAAUGCUACUAUGAUCCAGUGGUAUAAGGAUUGCAGACCUCUUCAUGGGGAGAGAUAUUUGAAGAAAGAUAAAUAUAUUUUUAUUAGUGACUUGACAAAGGAGGAUGAUGGUUAUUAUACUUGCCAUUUUACCUACACUCACAGAGGAAAUGUGUUCAAUGUGUCAGCUACAAGGAUCUUUAUAAGUGAAGCAAAACACCUGUCUCUACCUGCUCAAAUUUUGUUUCCAAAAGAAAAAGAUGUGAUAGAAGUAGAGCUUGGUGCUCCUUUGUCUCUGAAAUGUCAGGCCCGCCUGGGGAUUAAAAAACAGCCUAUAGAUGUUGUCACAUGGGAUGUGGAUAACAACCCAGUAAUAUACACAGAUACUUCAAGAUUUCAUGAAGAAACUCAUUUUUUUGAAGGACAAGCACGAGAAUAUUACAAAGAGGCAACUUUGCACAUCAGUGAAAUAAAAGAGGAGGAUCUGCAGUCAAAUUUCACAUGUGUAGUGGUGAAUGAAAUGGGAAAUACAAGGGCCACAGUGACAUUACAACUCAAAGCACAAUAUCAUCCUAAUGUCCUCAUGAUUGUUGGAUUUCUAGUUCUGCUAGUGAUAGUAGCAGUCUCUGUUGUACUUUAUCAGUUCUUCCGAAUUGAUAUUGUCCUAUUUUAUCGGGAGAUAUUUCAGCCCUACUCAGUCAAAGAUGAUGGGAAGAUAUAUGAUGCAUAUGUGAUCUACCCCAGAAGCUACGGCAAUGAAGCUAAUUUUGUGGAAUAUUUUGUACACCAAAUUAUGCCAGAUAUUCUAGAAAAUAAAUGUGGAUAUAAAUUAUGCAUUUAUGGUAGAGAUACUUAUCCUGGAGAAGAUAAAGCCAGUGCAAUUGAGAAGAGGAUACAGAAGAGCAGACGGCUGAUCAUUCUUCUAACACACCAGCUGCUUAAUUGUAAAGAAUUUGCUUAUGAUCAACAUGUUGCUUUAUACAAUGCCCUCAUUCAAAACAAUACAAAGGUGAUCUUGCUGGAAAUGGAGAGGAUGGAGACGUAUGAGACUCUUCAGGAAUCUCUUAAAUAUAUCAUCAAGAAACAAGGUACUGUCAAAUGGAAAGAACAGCACACUGUGCACCCACAGUCAUCCAAUUCUAAGUUCUGGAAACGAGUGAGGUACCUUAUGCCACUGAGACUCAGGCCAUCAUACUCAGUUAAUGCUGGAUGAACAUUCUGUCUAAGAAAGCUCUAGUAUGCUGUCAGGUCAAACCAUAUACCUGCAGCUUCUUUUGCUUUCAGUAGGAACAUUAUUUUGCAGUUUGAAUGUCUGGCUGCAUUUUUUUUUCACUUUUUUGUUUAGUCCUUCAAUUGAGUAGUGAUCAGGUAAACUGAUAGAGGAAGGCCUUUGGAGCUGAGGGGAGUCUGUGGAGCUCUGAGAAUUCUGCAAAUGAAUUAUUCCAGAUGGUGUACAAAAUUUUGCAUAUAAUUGGAAACAAACCUACCUCUACUCUUCCUAUAUGUACUUGGAUAGAUAACUGAAAGUUUUGAUUCUGAAUAGUUGAAUAUUCUGCAGGUUUACUUUACCUUUCUAAUGUGGUUGAUCAAACAUAAACACCUUCUAUAUUACUUGACUAGAAAGUAUAAUGUUGCAGUUUUCUUCAUUUUAUCCACCAUGUGUUUGUUUUUGCUCCAACAGUCAUACUUCUAUUAUGAAAUUUUAUUUUUCCUUAGUAGGGAUGCUUCAGUAAAAGCUCUUUUGAAACUAAUGUGAAUAGAGCAUUUUUAAAAAAUACAGUGUUAAGGAAAGUGCAUACAUACUGAUUGACUGACAUAUAUAUGCAUUUAUAUAUACAUAAAUACAUUUAUGUAUACAUAAAUGAAUCUCAUACAAAGGGGAAAUUAUCUUAUAGAGCUAUUACAAAGUGAUUUUGAGAUUAAAGAUACACAUACUUAAAUUCUUAUAGCUAGUAGUAUUUUAAAUCUUUCAGGCAUGAUAGACCGUACAGUUACUACUACUGCCUGAUACAAAUAACAUAUUAAAAUUUAUGUUACAUAAGUAUUGUAAAUAUUGUACAUGGCUAGCAUUCCUUUAAGCUACUGAAAAAAAUUGAGACUGCAAUUUUAUAGCUGUCAGUAUCCUUUUUUUUUUUUUUUCUCCUGCUUUGAUAUUAUGCCUGGCUUUACUUUGUUCUGACAGAGAGUAGCCUGAGAUACAAAGGUCAGAGUAAAAACCCCUCUGAGUGCAGGAGUGCAUGAUCAAAGCAUGUUCUAGUGCAUAUAUCCUUGGGAGAUUUAAUCUUUUUGGGUUCUAAAAACAGGAAUUUUCAUACGGUCAGUGAAGGUUUGUUUUUGAGCUUCAGAUCAGCUACAGAGAUGGACUUGAAAAGACAAAAUUAGAUGCAGAACAUCUAAUGUUACCAAGUGUUUUUAUUGUACAUUGUAGGUUUUUAUUGAAUAUGAAACUUCAGACUUAUGGAUGGCCAUUUGGAAUAGGAAGAACAUGUAUGAAAUACAUGUAUAGAUUUUUAUUUCAAUGUGAAAUAAAGGUCAAUGGCAAACUAAAGAGCUUUUCAUUGAUUUAUUAUAUUUUCAAAUGCUGGUGAAAGUGAAGUCAUCACUCACUGCACCACAACUGUAAGACAUACAAUGCUGCAUUUUAUUACUGCCUUACUAAACCAUCUGCAGUACUGGGACCCAUUCCUGAAGGGCCCUCUAGUUCCCCUUCACUGUUUUAGGAAGAUCCACAAAAUGUAUUUAUGUCAACGUAAGAGAUUUGGUUUAUUAUAGACUCAAUAGGGGUUUUGAUAGUAAGAACUUUCACAAAAGGAAUACUAAUACUAAGUCAUGUAUAAAGGCAGGAAAGCCUGUUGGUUUUCACUAUGAAGAUUUUUCACAGGAAUUUCUGAUCAAGACAAAAUAUGAACUUUCAAUACUAUUACAAGAUGAUUUUUAAUAGAGAUUUUGUAGUAGGCAUUUAUGAGAAAGAAAGGGUAAUAACCAGGUAUCUAUCUUGGAAACAAUUUCUGGGGUGAAUUUUGAACUUGGAAAGGAGUUGUGGAGGAGAAAGUAUGAUGAGGAAAUGCAAGGGGACUACAAAUAUUAUUCUGAAAUUAUUCUGAUUAUUCUGAAAUAUGGGGAUAUCUCAUUGACUUCUCUUCAGUUGUUGACUUCAGACCUGUGGUUAGGAUGGUGAAAAACAAACCCACUAAAUGGAUCUUGUGGUGGCAAUCUUUUUGCAUCAAACCUCAUGACCAACAAAGGACAAAAAAAUAAAAAGAAAAAAAAUACCAAGAAUGCUUGAGAACGCUUAAUGUGAUUAAUAGUGAACAGUAUAGCCUUGACAGAAAGAAAAGGGGUAAAUUCUGAGAGUGGCAAAGACCUUUUACCAAGCCUAGGGGUGAAUAUGUGACUGCAGUAAUGAUAGAGAAAUGCAGAAGUUGUUGAUUACCUUUAUAUUCUUUGGUGAUUAGUACAGAAAUUGGAGAUACACACUCAAAUUAACAUCUAUUUAUAACUAUUUUCACAUUUGUAAUAUGAAAGAGGCAGUAUAAAAAGGCUGGUGGUAUAUUUUUACAGCAUAAGUAGCUUAAUAAAGAUCUAAAUUUUUGAAAACAUGAA